AUGUGGGUUCCCAUGGAAGUGGCCAACAAUGUGACUGAGUUCAUAUUCCUAGGACUUUCCCAAGAUCCUGGAACGCAGCUGAUGUUUUUUGCCCUGUUCCUCUUCUUCUACAUGGUGAUCAUGGUGGGAAAUCUGCUCAUUUUGCUUACAGUCUUUUCUGAUCACCGACUCCACACACCCAUGUAUUUCUUCCUCAGCAACCUGUCUUUUGUGGACAUCGCUUAUUCCUCAGCCACAGCACCCAAAAUGAUUGCAGACUUUAUAUCUGAGAAAAAGACAAUUUCCUACUGGGGCUGUGUGACUCAGAUGUUUACCUUCCACUUUUUUGGUUGUGCUGAGAUCUUUGUUUUGACUGUCAUGGCUUUUGACCGUUAUGCUGCCAUCUGCCAACCUCUCCGUUAUACCACCAUUAUGAGUGCCAAUACUUGUAUCUUGCUGGCAUCCCUGUCCUGGUUGGGAGCCCUGGCCCACUCCUUUGUUCAAACCCUCCUGACUUUUCAGCUGCCCUUCUGCAAUGCUCAGGUCAUUGAUCACUAUUUUUGUGAUGUCCACCCAGUGCUAAAACUAGCCUGUGCAGAUACAACUCUAGUCAAUAUGUUGGUGAUUGCCAAUAGUGGUCUUAUUUCCCUGGGGUGUUUCCUUAUUCUUCUGACCUCCUACACUGUCAUUCUGUUCAGUCUUCGAAAGCGAUCUGCGGAGAGCCGGCACAAGGCUCUCUCUACCUGUGGGUCCCAUUUCACUGUAGUGACUUUAUUCUUUGUUCCUUGUAUCUUUAUUUAUCUCCGUCCAUCUACUACUUUCCCAUUGGAUAAAGCUGUGUCUGUUUUCUACACAACCAUCACCCCCAUGCUCAACCCACUCAUAUACACUCUGAGGAAUGAGGAUGUAAAGAAUGCCAUGAAACGUGUAUGGGUUCAAAAAGUCUUGAAGGAAAAACAAAAAGGAUAA